GUUCAACCUAGGAGCUGGUUUCUCAACCACACCCGGUUGAAGCUGGGUCCGAGCAACUCUGUGAGCCUCUAGUUUGCCUCCUGGUAGAUCGUGGAUGGUGAUGCGCUCGCUCUCGCAGCAAUCGUCUGUAUUGAAGGCAAAUUCGAGGACCCACAAAAUCGACCCCAGUUAAUACGUGUGGGACCCAGAUGGUUAUUUUAACAUAGUCUGCAGAGGUGGAAACUUUCGGAAUCGUCAACGGAAAGCUUGCCAUGGCAUCCCGAUUUGCUCACUUCCGCUCUUAGUGAUUCCAAGCUGCUUCAGCUGACGGAGCGAUGGCCACGGACGAGGCAGCUCAUGUGGCGUGGCGAGUGAGGACGCUGUCUCCCUCCUUCUCCCGGGCAUCAUCUUCCUCUCUUGACACAGCCCUGGUCGAAGAAUUUGCGCGCUUAGAGCGCCGAAUCUUUCCCAAGCACGAGUCUCUCUCGUCGUCCUUUUCUCAGGAAGUCAAAAAAAGGAACCAAACCAUGCUCUACGUUUUGAUAGGCGAUGUAGUUAAGGGCGAAGGAGAUACUGAGGAGACUGCCGAUCCAGCUAAAGUUGCUGGUUAUCUUAUGUAUUCAUGGACGUCACUUGCAGCCUCCAUUACUAAACUUGCAGUAAGGGAGACUUGCCGGAAACAAGGAUAUGGUGAAGCACUAAUAGAUGCAGCUGUUCAACAAAUUCGUGAUAGAAGGCUUCAAUGCGUGAAUCUUCACGUAGACCCAGCUCGUUCUGCUGCUGUUGCUUUAUAUAAAAAGAAAGGGUUCUACGUAGAGACAACCAUCAAGUCAUAUUAUGCUGCAGAUCGGGAUGCUUACAGGAUGGUUCUGCAAUUAAUUUCUCCGGAAAACCAAUGAGUAAGAUGCUCAGGGAAAUCUUAUUCCUUCUUGUACACAGCUGAGAAGAUGCAUCAGAUAUCUGCUUCUUUCAUCA